UUGUACAUCUUCCAUGAAACACUAAAUGCGAAUGACUCAUAACGUUAUGGAAUAAUUCUGCUGAUUAACUACAUUCAUUCAUUUAAUUUGAUCUUGUAGGACGCUAAACAACGGUGCAAGAAUUUCUGUUUUUGGUCAAUUUGAACCCGUUCCUUUUGACUGGUCAUCGGUCCCCCGACCAAUUUGGUUUCGUACGCGAGAUCACGACUUGAAGCACAUUCGACGAAUAUUCAGCUGUCAUACUGCCAAAUAUUCGUACCUAUGGAAACGUCGUAAUCAAGAGACCAGUGGGAAAAUUAAGACAACGGAGAAUCGCGAGCGCUAGUGACAGAAUAAUCUAAUGACAAACAAACGAUAGUCGCGGCCGUCUUUGAUGCUGAUAAAUCAUAAGCCGUUAUGAUGUAAAUCAAGGUGAUAGUGUUGUAUCUUCCCGUAUUAUGUGAAAAUAAGACGAAAUGAACAAGUUGAAGGAGUCCAGGAGGAGCUCUCUUUUCCAGAGUUCGAUCAAGGAACAAUUCACGGAAAAGGAACUUAGAGAUCUUCGUACGGCUUUCGAACUCUGCGAUAGAAACCGAGAUGGUGAAGUAACUAGAGGAGAGUUCAAAAUAAUGCUGAGCAAUUUGGGUAUAGAUGUAAAGGAUGAAAUUCUAAAAGAACUUAUGAAUAACGCUAGUCAUGAUGGAUCCGAAACGAUAGACGAGAACGACUUUCUGAAUUGGGUCAAGCAAAUUCAAAAUUUGAGGCCUGUUCUGAAAGCGGACAGUUGCGAGGAUCUUUUGGCUGCCUUCAAAGUUUUUGAUCUCAACAAAGACGGUUACAUAACGAAAGAUGAGCUGAAGACUGCCAUGGAAACCAUCGGUGAAGUAGCGACCGACGACCAAAUAGAUGAUUUCAUCGUGAAAGCCGACAAAGAUAAAGAUGGAAAAAUUAAUUAUGAAGAGUUCGUGAAGAUGCUAUCUUGAUGAAAACUUGGAAAUCCGCAAUACAAACCCAAAUGUGAUAAAUUCAUUAGAGUUAACUGUGUGUGUAUCUACUCAAAUAAAGAAUUUAUAAUAUCGGA